AUGUAUUUUAACUAUAAAUAUAGGAUUACAUUACCCAGAGUCAGGCCAUGUUCUUCGGCGCCUCUAGAUAAUAUUGAAACUCUUCCUCUCUCAACUUCUCUAUCUGUGUAUAUGCAGAGAUUGGCGAAGGAAUCUACCAUGAAGUGCAGAUACAAUGGUCAUGAUUCAAGAACAUUCAAUGGUUGCUCAAGCAUUAGGUUAUUUGGGGUACAGAUCGAUGUUACAGAUGGUAUUGGGAAGAAAGAUGGAGACUCUUUUAUCAGGAAGAGCAAAAGUUUGGGGAAUUUAGAAGCAUGCAACACAGAAAAUACUCCGGUUGAGGCCGGAUAUCUCUCUGAUGGAUUUAUACAUCAAUCUUCCAGAUUCAAAGAAGGCCAUACAAGAAAACUAGGGAGGCCAUGGUCUAAGGAAGAGCACAGAUCUUUUCUAGUUGGUUUGGAAAAUCUGGGAAAAGGGGACUGGAAAGGAAUUGCGAAAAAGUAUGUCCCAUCAAGGUCUUCUUCCCAAAUUGCUAGCCAUGCACAGAAGUAUUUCAUCAGGUUAUCAGCACCCGAAAAGAAAAAGCGAUCGAGUGUUUUCGACAUUCCUCUCAAUGAAAAUAAUGCAUUAGCAACUCUUGGUUCACCCUCCAAAAAGAAUUUUGAAAAUUCACAGCAUGCUAGUAGCGCAUGUGCUGCCUUGAAGAACUCAGGUGAAUUCAAAGGACAGGUCAGCAUGCAACCUCCUACAACAUCAUCUGAGAAACCACCUAUUUCACCAGUGCCUAAACUACAUGGAAUUACCAACGUUAAUCAUGUUGCACCAUUCAUGGCUGAAGUUUCAUGCAUUAACCAGAGCUUUCUGGAACAGAAAACAACACCAACUGUUUCUUGGCUUCCAUAUGUUAAUUACCCAAAUCAAAAUCAUGUUUUUCUGCCUAUUUUCAAUUCAACAUUCGCUACGUGCGCCCCUUUCAAGCCUUGGCCGCCGGGUUCUACGUUAAGAGGGCCAACUCAUCAGGGAGAAUCAUCUCAAGUGAGGACCUUCAACUGGAGUUACAAAAAAUAA